CGCGAACCGAUCGAAAUCUCCCCGGCGUCGCCGGCGGGGCCCGCGGUGCCGUCAGCUGCACACAUCACCUUCCCUGUAUAUAUCCCGCCUCCCAGCGCCCAACCAUCGCGAUCCACACAAUCACGCCCGCGAGAGAGAGAGAGUUGUUAAGGGGAGACUCGGGACGUCAAAACGAGAACAACGCACGUCGGGAGGGAGCAAUGUAUCAGGCCAUCCCCUACAGCAGCGCCCGGCCGUGGCUCAUGCCGGCGCCGGCGCCGGCACCCGAGGCGCCCCUCGUCGCCGUGAAGCCGGAGCCAGCGGAGGAGACCGGACGACCCGCGGCGGCCGAUGCGGCAGGGGACGACGCUAGGGCGGAGGUGGGGAGGACCGUGGCGGAGAGCCCGGUGCUGGUGGUGGGGCGGCGCGGGUGCUGCCUGAGCCACGUGGUGAAGCGGCUGCUGCAGGGUCUCGGGGUCAACCCGGCCGUGCACGAGGUCGCCGACGAGGCCGCGCUCGCCGGGGUCGUGCCGGCCGGCGCCGAGGCCGCCACGCUCCCGGCGGUGUUCGUCGGAGGGAAGCUUCUGGGCGGGCUCGACCAGCUCAUGGCCGUCCACAUCUCGGGCGAGCUCGUGCCCAUCCUCAAGAAGGCCGGUGCCCUCUGGCUCUAAUUUAAUCCGCAGCUUCUUCAUUUUCUUUUCUUUUCCUUUUCCUUUCAGAAAUGAUGGCGUCGUGAUUAAUCCUGGCCGUUGGUUUGAGUUUUACGCCGCUGCGGAUGUGCUCUAGGAUUUUGAUAUUUCUUUAGGGUGUGCGAAAAAUGAAGAUCAGAGAGCUAAAGCCAGUGCUUCUAAUUAUAAUUUUAUUUAGUAUCUGCCUGGUAGUGUGUGAUGAGAUGAGUACUCGCUUCUUCCAUCAUGUGAAUACGGGAGACGAGCGAGCAGCAGAGAAAGAGACGUUUCAGCAUCUGUACAGUCGUUUCCGUUUCUGAAUCAAUGAGAAUGAGCUGUCCAGUUUCCAA